ACCUACACAAGGUUGACACAUUUACUGCAUAUGGAAUUCAGCCAUGGAUUCUUGUUUUUCUCAGUUGAUACUUGUGUCCCUGUUUCUCAUACUCAAUCCUACAGGGGUGAAGGGAGAAAGUGUGGGUGCAUAUAAAGGAGCUAGCAUUGAGAAAUCUGAUCGCAGAUGUAGAAGUGAAACUUUCAAUUUAACUUGUGACAUAGGAUAUGAGAUAAAUGUCAUAUCCAAUGAGCAUGGAGUUGGACAAACAGGUGAUUGUUUAUCUGGCACACCAAUCUGCAAAGAUGUACUUCCAAGCAAUAAUGAUCGACCAGUACUAAUAAAAACAAAUUGUAAUGGAAGGCAAAUCUGCAACAAUUUGCGAGCUAUACCGGGUACAAAUUCUGCAGCAAAAUGCAAUGGUAGAAAUCUGUACAAUUAUGAAAAGAUAACUUAUACAUGUACAUACAUCCCAACUACAACAAAGACACCACAAACAACCACUAAGGGAAGUACAACUGAAGCUCUGACAACACAACAAGCUACCACAGAUGCCAUGACAACUAAACAAGCCACAACUGAGGCCAAGACAACAAAACAAACUACCACUGAGGCCAUGACAACAACACAAACUACCAAUGACCCCAUGUCAACAAAACAAGCUACAAGUGAGGCCAUGACAACACAACAAACCACAACUGAGGCCAAGACAACAAUACAAACUGUCACUGAGGCCAUGACAACAAUACAAACUACCAAUGGUCCCAUGUCAACAAAACAAGCUACAACUGAGACCAUGACAACAAAACAAACUACUACGGAGGCCAUGACAACAGGACAAACUACCAAUGACCCCAUGUCAACAAAACAAUCUACAACUGAGGCUAAGACAAGAAAACAAACUACCACUGAGGCCAUGACAACAAGACAAACUACCAAUGACCCCAUGACAACAAAACAAGCUACAACUGAGGCCAUGACAACAAAACAAACUAUCACUGAGGGCACGACAAGAAAACAAUCUACCAAUGAGGUGAUGACAUCUAAACAUUUCGCAACCGAGGCAAUAACAACAAAACGAGAUAUAACUGAACCCAUGACAACACAACAGACUACCAAUAAGCCUGUGACAACUAAACAAUCCACAAAUGACAGCAAUGCCAUGACAACACAACAGAUUACCACUGAGGCCAUGAUAACAAAACAAGCUACCAUUGAGGCCAUGACAACAAACCAAGCUACCACUGUUGCCAUGACAACACACCAAACUACCACUGAGGCCAUGACAACACAAACUACCACUGAGGCCAUGACAAAACAAGCUGCAAGUGACAACAAUACCAUGGCAACAAAACAAGCUACCACCGAGGCCAUGACAACACAACAAACUACCACCAAGCCUGUGGAAAAGGCAAAAACAACAAGGCAAACUACAAAUGAACUCAUGUCAACAAAACUAGCUACAACUGAGGAUAUAACAAUAAAACAAACUACCAAUGAGGCCAUGACAACUAAACAAACUAUCACUGAGGCCAUUACAACACAACACUCUACUGAUGAUGCCAUUAUAACACAAGAACAAACUUCCAAUGCAGUCAUGACACAACAUACAAAAAUUGAGGACAUGACAAUACAACCAACAAUGACUGAGACCAUAACACAACAAAGCCCCACUGAUGCUAUUAAAAUAACAGAAGAAACAACAACUGAAGUCAUCACCAAACAGUCUACAACAAUAAUUACAAGUACAACUGAAGACUUAUCAUCAGAAUAUACAAUUCAAGCAAAAGAAACAUCAACAAAUAUAUUAAGAAAAGGACGUACAACACCAUCUGGACACACCAGUGAACAAUCUAGUACAAAAGGGAUAAGUUCAGAGACUCCAUCAAGCAGUGCUCCAUAUGAGCAAAGUACAUUGACUUUGAGAUCUGCCACAAGUGAAGAAAUUACAUCCCCAACAAGCACAAAUCCUGCAGAGAUCAAUCCUUCAGCCAGUUAUCAAGAAUUAGAAAAUAUCAUUGUGCUUAUAGCUAUUCUGCUUGGUAUUGUGCUACUUAUCAUCAUCAUUGUGUUAAUCUGUCUAAUACUGAAUAAGAAAAAAAAGCACGAUAAAGUAACUGCUCCAACAUUUUCCAACAAAGUAUUCCACAAUGAAGAAGAUAACAUUGAACAAUUCAAGUUUAAUACAAACAACAACAUCGAUAAUGACAUUGAAAAUGAUAUGGCAAAAGAUGACACAAAACCUGCACUAAUACACACUAGUGAUACUAUCAAGCCACAAUAUAAAAAUAGCAAUGAUAAGGCAUCAAAUAUGAAUCAUGUACCGACAAUGGAUGAGCCAGUAGCUGAUUAUGACAAUAAUUGGAAUCCAAGCUACAACUCUCAGAUAAGGACAAACAUAUCAAAGAUAACGCAAGAGCUGAAGUUUAAUCAAGGAUCACGUCACCUCUCCUCCACUGUUGAUAAGAGACAUGAAAGGGAUAGUGAACCAAUACCAGAUUAUUAUUAAUUAAAGUUAAAGAUAUACUGGUAGUAAUACUGUACUGUAUAUACAAUGUAUAAAUAAAUAUAGUUCAAGCAACAAAAAACAAUAACAAGGCAUUUACAUGCAA